UAUAAUCGAGCUAGAACUAGGGCUUUUGAGUAACACACACACCCGUACAGUUGUACCCUUCUCCUUUAUCCUCCCCAAACCACCGCACCCUCCGCCGUACCCACCGUCGUCGCGGCCCUUCCCACUCUCAACCUAAAUCCGGUAAUUCAUGCCUUCUCUGUAACUGUGUUUUGCUACUUGCGCCACUAGGUUAUACUGAAUUCUGUGUAGGAGGAAUUGGAGGUGAUGGUUAGGUCUGUGAAGAAUCAUCAUCAUCAUCCCGAUGAAGAAGAAGAGGAUGAAGACGAUUUCAUUUCCAGAACAACAACCACUCAUGCUUCUCAAGAUGGCAGAAGAAAUGAUCAGAAGGCGACUUCUCAUCGGUCGAAGCAUUCCGAGACCGAGCAGCGUCGAAGGAGCAAGAUAAAUGAGAGAUUUCAGAUUCUGAGGGAUCUCAUUCCAGAAAAUGAUCAGAAAAGAGACAGGGCUUCAUUUUUGUUGGAGGUCAUACAAUAUAUCCAGUUUCUACAAGAAAAAUUGCAGGUUUAUGAAGGAACAUACCAAGGUUGGAGUCCAGAGCCCACUAAAUUAAUGCCAUGGAGAGGAAACUGUGGCGCAGACCAAUCACAGCCCAUGAAAAAUGGUUGUUCCGUUGACGACGGUAACAUGGUUCUCACUCAAGCCAUGCUUACCGAUCAUCCACAUAAUUUGGUAGAACCCAUCAUGAGUGGCCCGACGGCCCUCAAAACAACAGAUCACGUCGAUGUGUCAUUACAGCAAAACACAUACGAACCGGACCCUACACACACUCCUCAGGGCUCUUUCUCUUUUCCCGAUGUUGACCUCUUGACUUCACAAUCCAGACUGCAAACCUGGAAUCCGGUACCUCUUUCAAACGAUCCAACUGUUGUAGAAGAAGAAUCUAGCAUCUCGAAUGCGUACUCCAAGGGGCUGUUGAAUAAUCUAACGCGUGCAUUGGGUUCUUCCGGAGUUGAUUUAUCGCAAGCUAGUAUUUCCGUACAAUUGGAUAUCAGGAAAGGGGCAAGCAGUGGAGCAACUUCAACGUCCUUUGGGAUCAAGGAUCAUGGAUUUUCAUAUGAAGCAAUGACACAUUGUGGGGUUCGGAGGGGAGAUGACGUCAGCAUGCAAGAACACAAGAGGCCCAGAACUGAAGAAAACCAGUAAUUAAUUAUUGUACAUGUUUACGCGAAGCAGAAAAUGUAUGUGUUGAGAGAGGGGUUACUUUAUUAAUAUUCAGUCAUAGGCUUCCAUUGCAAAUUAGAGAAGCUGCUCUUCGUGAAUCCACCCAUUUAUGAAUUUUUAAGGAUUAUUGUGCGAGUAUGCCGUCAUAUUUUUUGAGACUAAA